AUGCAAAUCAACCAAUGCCUACAAACAACGAGCGACGACGGCGAACAAGUUUUGUCAGCCUCAAGGCAGCCAAUUAUGAGUGUCAUAGGCUCCCUCGUCAAGUCUGGAUGCACAGAGGUCAAGGUCAAGAAGUGUCGUACAAGGGUACGUCGAGCAAGGUUUGCAGAGGUGGUGCCUGGGGUUGUGUUUAUUGUUGAAGUGCACAUGUUGGAUACUGAGACCACGGACAACAAUGGAAUGACGACGUGGGACAACGACGACAAGGGACAGUGA